AUGUCCAAACCCCUCACCCACGCCACCAUCGUAGCCCGCCGCUCCAGCGAGCGCGGCUACGCCGAACACGGCGGCUGGCUCAAGAGCUUCCACACAUUCAGCUUUGCAAACUACUACGACCACCGAUUCACCAACUUCGGGAGCCUGCGCGUGCUGAACGAGGACCGAGUGUCGGCGAAGAACGGCUUCCCGACGCACCCGCACCGCGACGCCGAGAUCUUCAGCUACAUUCUGAAUGGCGAACUCACACACCGCGAUAGCAUGAUCAAGAAGGGCGGGGAGGGCGCACAGGGAAAGGACUUUUUCAGAAUGAAGAGGGGGGAUGUGCAGUUUACGACGGGGGGGACGGGAAUCGCGCACUCCGAAAUCAACGAAUCGCCCAAACCCGUCCACUUCCUACAAAUCUGGGCCCUACCGUGGAAAACCAGCCUGAAGCCACAAUACCACACGCGCACGUUCUCGGAAGAAGCGAAACGCGCGAACUUCCUCCCCAUCCUGUCCCCCCUUGCCGCGGGCCCGGACGCCACCCCCGCCGAAGAAGACGCCGCGGUGCCCAAAAUCCCCGAGACGAUCCCGAUCCACGCGGACUUUGUGAUGGGGGCGGGGAUCAUCGCGCCGGAGAAGACGUUCGGGUGGGCGGUAGGCGGCGGGGAGGGCAUUGUGGGGAAGACGCGCAAGCGCAAUGUGUAUGUGCAUGUGCCGAUGACGAAGAAUGGGAGGGCCAGUGUUAGGAUUGAUGGGCGAGAGGAGAUGGUGUUGGAGGAGGGGGAUGGGGCGUUUGUGUCCGGGGUGAAUGUCGGGGAUGUGUUGAGGGUGGAGAGUUUGGGCGAGGUGGAUGCUGAGGUGGUGGUUUUGGAUAGUGAUUAG